AUGCCUUGCGAUGGUAAAAACCCAAAUUGUGAUAGAAGACGCGAUUUACUAGCGCAAUUAAAAUGUUUAAUCAGUUCAAUGGAUAGGAAGAAACCAUGUGAAUGGGAUGAGUCAUGUCGUCCAAUAGUAUACUGUCCUACAAAAUUAUCUUUAUGUACUCCACCUUACUGUUUGACAGAUUUAGGUGACGUGGACACUGCCCUUAGGAAAUUUUACUAUGCGGAUCAAGCUAGAGAGACAGCUCUAGCUGCAUAUUGUAGAUUAGCUUGUGACGAAGCUUGUCAAAGAGAAAUUAUGUGUGACAAUAAGAAUGAAACUCUUUGUGCUUCUGGAAUGUCCAAUUGCGUAUCAAAUCCAUAUCAAUUUUGUGUACCAUCGCCAUAUAUAAUACCAUCUUGCGAUAUAUAUUGUACACCUUACAAUUAG